UUUGAAUUUGUCAAAUUUUACUAAUUUUAAUUGUCAAAAUUAGAAUCGCGAUCAAAAUGCAAUGCAACUUUUCCUAAUUAAAUCAAAGUUUAUAGUAGAUUAUUUACUUGUACUCAGAAGGAAGGGGGUGGGGGGAAUUUGAGCAAAAUUGAGUGACUUUCCACCCUUGCAUAAUAGUGCACUGGCCUCCUAAAGUUAUUCUUAACAGAUGCUCCAGUUUUAGUAGCCUCCGUUUGUGUGAAAUUAUUUCUACCCGGUUAUAUGAAAUCAUUUUCCCCCGGUUAAGUGAAAUAAGUCUUUCUUUAGACGUACGAAAUAAUUUUUUCACCGGUUGUGCGAGAAAUUGGAUCUCCACUUUCCUCAGUUUCAAGAAAAGAGACAUUAAAGUUUAAAUUACAUAUUUUUUAAUCAUGUUAACGGAAAAAUUCACGAGUAUUACUAUUUGAGGAGCUGUCAGUCAUCAUUUACGUGAAAUUAUUUCUACCCGCUUAUGUGAAAUCAUCUUUCCCCGGUUAAGUGAAAUAAGUCUUUCUUUAUACGUACGAAAUAAUGUUUUCACCGGUUAUGCGAGAAAUUGGAUCUCCACUUUCCUCAGUUUCAAGAAAAGAGACAUUAAAGUUUAAAUUACAUAUUUUUGAAUCAUGUUAACGGAAAAAUUCACGAGUAUUAACGGUGUAGAGAUCUGUGAAAUUAUUUCUACCCGCUUAUUUGAAAUCAUCUUUCCCCGGUUAAGUGAAAUAAGUCUUUCUCUGGUCGUGCAAAAUAAUUUUUAUAAAUCAUAGCAUAACAAAUAGAAAUAUUCAAUAGUUAAAUGGCUUACUUGUUAUUUUGUAAUAUUCUUAAUGGCAAUUACAUUAUUAAAAAAUAUAUAAGAAUUUUGAAAAUACGUUGUAGGAUUGAACCGCCGGUCAUCGGUGACCACCAUAGUAAUCAACGCGUUAAUAGCAAAUACAAAUUCCUUAAAUACGAAAUUUACGAUUAAGUGAGAGUAUGAAAACUCACCUAAAUAGAAAUUCGGUUAAUAAUCGCGACAAUUUACCAAAAUCUCAUAAAUCACAUCUACCAUGAGUUUCAUUGAUAUAGAAAAAAAUAAAACAUGCUCGACAAGAGGAUGAAUUUGAUUUGCAAAAAUUUGAAUUCCCCGGAGCGCAAAAAGCUAUCUCGAUACGAAUAAAUCUCGCGACGCGUCUAGAUCAAUUCGCCGCUAGAUCCCCCCCCCCAAAAAAAAUCGCCUGUUUGCGAUCCAAGGCGGUCCCUCGAGCCAAACACGAGCUUUGAUCGCAACGUGCCCGCCUCAAUUCCGAGGAAAGCUUUUUUCUCGCGAUAUGUGCCUACGUAUGCGCGUCGCUGCUUCCUGCUUGUCGAUAAUUCUAUGUAAUUGUUUUGCCAAACGCGAGAUGGCCGGGUCGUGUCUCGUUCCACGGUUUAAGGGUUAAAUGUGAACGCUGAAACAGUGAUGGUCGUUCGAGGAUCGACGGGGAGCGCGGGCAUCCAUAACGAAAGGACGCAUGUUUUUCUGACAGAAAUCGAGCCUACGGCCUGACGACGUCCGUUCCGCAGUCCCGAUGAAUCGAUGUUGAGGGAUCGUAGACGACCGUACGAACGUUUAAACGAGGUAGCGAGAGGGAGCACGUUCGUCUUUCAGCGAAAGCGCGCGCGAAAGUGUCUCGGUCAUGGACGAUCGCGAGAGCCCUUUCUCUCGGACGCAACCGAGCAGAAGUUCGAUUCGAAGGAGCGUCGUGACGGACGGGCAGCAGCAGCAGCGCCAUAUCGCGCAGCGGCAGACCAAGGAAGCUGGUCCCAGAUUGCCGAGAAGGUUAGGCCCUCCUGCCUUGGAGAAUUUGAAACAGUGGGAACUCGUGGAGGGCGAUCGUGGACUGAAAGUGGUGGAGAAGAGGAAUCUCGGGAGUAAUCGAGUCAGUAUCGUCGAACGAACGACGCCCACGGUCCAAAGGAAGGCGAACAUCACGAUCGACCCGAGCUUCCAAGAGAAGCUGAAGGCGUUUAAGGAUUCGAAGAUCAUUCAGCCGAUCGCCAUGUCCGCGGAGGACACCACCGCACCGAUCAGCCUCGAUCUGAUCCUCAACAAACAGAAAGGCCCCGCGGUGGAGAGCACCGACAUGCUCCAGAGAUUGGAGCUGCAGGUCAAGGCCAUCGAAAUGGGCACGCUCGCGGCCAGAACGCGACAGCUGGAGGACAGCUCGGAUUUCGAGCCGGAAAAACAUCUUCGAUACAGAGAGCACGAGGAUCUCCUUCGAAACGUGACGGACGACGAGGCCGAGGGGGCCUCCCCGUUGCACCGAGGAGACGCGACGAGGAACUCGACCGGAAACGCUGGGAUCACGGUGAAGAAGCCCACGGCGAAAUUGUCGAGGACAGCCUCGGACACGAGGCGAAGACAGGAAGCGGAAGUGCCUCUUCGAACGCACACCAGGGUGCAGCAGUUGCGCGCUUUGGGUCGACCUAUCAUCACCAAGAAAGAUCAGCGACAACAGCAGCAGCAACAGCAACAACAACAAAACAAUGCGGUCAGCAGUGGGCUCAGACCGUUGUCAGACAUCAUGCAGAAGGCUGGUCAGAAUGAAAAGGAGACAGGGGAUGGCGUGGGAGUGUCGAGUGGCGGUGGUCGGCUCUCCUCGAGGAGUCGGACAUCGGAGGAGCCUCACAUCGGCAAGUACAAAUUACUCAAAACAAUUGGCAAGGGCAACUUCGCUAAGGUAAAACUUGCCAAGCAUGUGCCCACCGGAAAAGAAGUGGCUAUCAAAAUUAUCGACAAGACUCAACUAAAUCCCAAUAGCCUUCAAAAGUUGUUCCGGGAAGUGAGGAUAAUGAAGAUGCUCGACCAUCCGAACAUAGUGAAGCUUUUCCAAGUGAUCGAGACUGAAAAGACACUGUACCUGGUAAUGGAGUACGCCAGCGGCGGCGAGGUGUUCGACUACCUGGUCCUGCACGGUCGUAUGAAGGAGAAGGAGGCACGUGCGAAGUUCAGGCAGAUCGUGUCCGCCGUGCAAUACUGCCAUCAGAAGAAGAUCAUCCACAGGGACCUGAAGGCGGAGAAUCUGCUUCUCGACAGCGAGAUGAACAUCAAGAUCGCCGACUUCGGUUUCAGCAACGAGUUCACGCCCGGGAACAAGUUGGACACAUUCUGCGGAUCGCCGCCAUACGCAGCGCCCGAGCUCUUUCAGGGUAAAAAGUACGACGGGCCAGAGGUGGACGUCUGGUCGUUGGGGGUGAUAUUGUAUACUUUGGUGUCCGGCUCGUUGCCCUUUGACGGCUCGACGUUGAGGGAAUUGAGGGAAAGGGUGUUGAGAGGAAAGUACCGAAUACCGUUUUACAUGUCCACCGAUUGCGAGAACCUCUUGAAGAAGUUUUUGGUGCUCAACCCGACGAAACGGGCCUCAUUAGAGGUACGUGGCGACAAGACUAUAAUGAAAGACAAAUGGAUGAACAUGGGAUACGACGACGACGAACUAAAACCGUACUUAGAACCCGAGCCCGAUUAUAAAGACCACAAGAGGAUAGGUGAGUCUGCCAAGGCCCUGGCUAGUAUGGGGUACACGAGAAGUGAAAUAGAAGAUUCCUUAGAACAAGCGAAGUACGAUGACGUGUUCGCCACGUACUUACUCCUAGGAAGAAAGACCACCGAUCCUGAAUCGGACGGUUCGCGGUCAGGCAGUUCAUUGUCGUUGCGCAACAUUCCGCCGCAAGCUGGUUCGGGCGGAAGCGGAGGCGGAGGAACCGGAGGAGUCACGGGUGGCGCCGUGCAGAGUCCAUCGCACAGAGGUGUUCACAGAAGUAUUUCCGCUAGCAAUCCAAAACCCAGUAGACGGGUUUCGUCCGUAAUCGAAUCGCUUCGGGGAGCACCGAGUCCAGGGAACGCGACGAAUCAUAAUCACGCGACUGCUGCGACCGGCGGGACUGUGACUGGAAGCGGUGGUAGUAAUUUUAAACGACAAAAUACCGUAGACGCAGCCACGAUCAAGGAGAACAGUGCUCGUGUGUCCGCGAGCCGUCCUUCGGCUCCGAAAAACAGUCCAGGGCAAUUAGACACUAUGACAAUGUUCAUUCUAGGCGUGGGUACAAGUCCCGGUGGUAGGGCAUGGGCAGGCAAGAGCAACACGAUGAAUACAGGGGUAGGUGGUAGUGGUCGACCACUCACCUCACCUAGCGUUGUUUUUGUUGGUCGACGUAGUACCAUCUCCUAUGAUCAAGCGAAAACGUCCUCCUCGUCUACCGAAAAAACCAACGAUCCACCCAGCCUGGGCGAGGGCACUAGACCAACGCGGGGUCACACCAAGUCUGCGAGCAUCAGCGCAGGUCACCGUUCCUCGAGUGGCGUACCCCCCAGCGACCAUUCACUACUGGACCCUCAACCACGCAACGCCCACAACUCCUUACUCGCCACUGCUGACCCUCUUAGACAGAGCUUGGGUGUGUCUCCAAGUAAUAGACUGGCAACACCUACAACACCAGCAUUUCCUCGAAAUGUUCCAAGUCGUAGCACGUUCCACUCUGGCCAAAAUAGAGCGCAGCGAAAUCAUACUCAGGGUCACACUCACACGCAGGACACGAAUGCAAUUAGCCCGCUAGCGAGACCGUCCUUUUUCUCAAAAUUAUCGUCGAGGUUCUCCAAACGCCCCAUGGACCCAUCCGUACCCCCCAAGCACCCAGUAGUGAGCGGAGCAACCACUAACGAUGAGCAGGUUAAACCACGCAGUCUACGUUUCACUUGGAGUAUGAAAACUACCAGUAGUCGAGAUCCAAACGAAAUCAUGUCUGAAAUUCGAAAGGUACUGGACGCCAAUAAAUGUCAGUACGAACAACGCGAAAGGUUUCUGCUGCUGUGCGCGCACGGCGAUGCGGCGACAGACAGCCAGGUACAAUGGGAGAUCGAAGUGUGUAAACUGCCACGACUCUCUCUGAACGGCGUGCGUUUCAAACGCAUCUCGGGCACGUCGAUCGGUUUCAAAAAUAUUGCCAGCAAGAUAGCGAACGAGCUGAAGCUGUGACUGCCGACAACAGGCUCCCUAGCCGCCCGCGCCAAUCCAUAACGCCCUCGUGAUCGAUCGCACGGAUUCCUCGCGACCGCCGAUGACGACAACGACGACGACGAUGACAACGACGACAACGACGAUGACGACGACGAUGAUUUUCGCUCUUUCUUCGUCUGGGACUCCGAUUCCGAUUCCGAUCCCGAUCCUGAUCCCGAUCCCGAUCCCGAUCCCGAAUCGAACACCCGUGAAAUCUUCGUUUGAUGAGUUCUGCGGGCCCUGGUCGAGCAACGGAAAAUUACGUCAACGGAUGGUCGAGAAAGCUUCGAACGAUCGUCGACCCAUCGAUCGCGACACGAGUUCCGGAAUCGUUUGUUUCACGAACGCCACCUAGCCUGGGGACCCUGUGAUCCGUCGGGGCUGGAACACGUAUAAAUUACUCAAAUACUCCCGAGUGCCAAAAUGUGGGACUAGGUCGGAUGUUCAUGAAAACGGAUAAAUAAAACGGAAGAAAGACAGGAACACGUUUGGGUAAAAAACGGGGGGGGGGGGUGAAGAAGAGAAUACUGCUGCGUGCGUGUACCGCGUCCACCGACGGAGAGAAGAGUGGGGGAAGAACGCGAGGAGCAGAGGAAUCCCGCCGAUCGAGCGCGCGCAUGCGCGUACCACACAAGAUGGCCCCGCGAAUCGCUUAUUAAGCCGGUCGUUGGGUAAUUCGAAAUUCUUUCCCGUUCGCGACGAGACUCGAUAAACGAAAGCGACAGAAACGCGUUGUUUCGCGCGUACAACCGUGUACUUCAGUUUCGAUCAACAUCGGGACGAUCCGUGUAGCUGAGCCACGGCGCGUCUUACAGUAUUAUUUAUUCGAAGUUCACAUUGUCUCGAUGAUAGAUGUCGCGGCUGUCCACGACGUGACCCGGACAUUCGUCUCUCUUUGUCCUUUUAUUUUGUCCUCUCUUCUCGCCAAGGAUCUAGAGAUUUCGAACUAUCCGAACGGUGAUAGACACGAUCAUUGUACUUCAACUGUGCCUAACGAUGCGUUAUCGAUGAAGCGAGAGCAGAGUGAAGAAAGGUGGAGGAAAUACGUGUGCACUCCGCAGAGGAGAGAAGUGGGGUUGUCAAAGUGAAAGACGUUCGAUGAACGCGCAUUAUGUAUACAUAUAUAUAUAUAUAUGUAUGUAUAUGUAUAUGUAUAUGUAUACGUAUCGAAAACCCGCGACGUAAAGAGUCUUUCUUUUCGCAACGUUGUCUUUUAGCUGCGAUUCAAGACGCGUAAGAGACACGUUCGAGGAAAUCGAGAGGUCUGUUUGUAAAUAACCGAUCGAACCUCUCGGACGAUAAAAACCUGUAAAGGAAACACGUAGAAUUGUACUCGUAACAAAAUUUACCUUCACACACUUAUCAUCCUCCAUUUAGCGUCGACAGGAAAUUCAACCGUUUAUAAAAGCGACGCGCGCCGAACCAUUACUUCUCGAAUAUUUUUACGCUACUUUACCUUCCUUCAUUUUUUUUUUUUUUUUCUUUUUUUUUUUUUUUAUAUCGUAAGUUUAAAGCUAUGCAGCACUAUAGACGUUAGCCGAUUAAUCAAUGCGUAACGAUAAUUAAUUAUUAUUAUUACUAUUAUUAUUACUAUUAUUAUUACGAUUAUUUUUAUGGAUAGUAUACAAGUAAUAUUACGACACAAAUGUUAAACGAGAAACGAAGGCGAAAGACGAAGAGGAGCUAUUAUUUAACAAUUAUUUAGGAACUAAUCGUCGUCGAAGCGAUUCCUACUCGUAGCUCGUGCGAGUAAAAAACGACGCCCAAGUAUUUCGCUCCGAAAGAAUUCCGGGAUAAUACCUAGCAAAAGAAAGAGAGAGAGAGAGAGAGAAAGAGAGAAAGAAAGAGAGAGAGAGAGAGAGAGAGAGAGAGAAAAAACACGCACGCGCGUACGACAACGUCGACAAAUGAGAUCUGUUAUUUCUACGAAGGAUAUCAUGUAAGAUUAUAUUUAAGUAUUGUAAUUGGCUAUACACUAUUACGCUAUUUAACCUUUUAUUCGCAGAUGUAUUCGCGGUUGAAUGAAAUUAAAUUAGGAAUUAUUGUAAAUGUAGAGGCGAACUAGAGAGACUUGGUGUAUAUAAAUAAUAAUAAUAUACGAAGGUACUAAAUUAACCAAAUAAAUGAAGCCUCACACCAAGAACAGUUGAAUAAGAAAAUAACGCAAAAAUGAAGAACAAAACGCGAAGAAUGAUGCAAACGGGAAGCCAGCGGAAGAUAGCCGGAAACGGAGAAGAAGAAAUAAAAAAAAAAAAAUAUAUAAAACAAUGGAACGAGGGAAUACCGGACGGAGAAAAUGAAACCUCGGGAUAUUCGAGUGUCGCAAAAAACUUUUUAUAUUUGCCUAAGAUUAAUCGAGUACGUAUUACUUAUAGGCAAUGACUAAUUUAUUUAAAUAAAUACGAAACUCGAAUGAUUUUUUCACGUUUCUAACACGCGCUGUACACGCGCGCGCGCAUACAAUACAUACGUUACACACACACACACACGCACGCGCGUGCAAAGACAACCCACACACAGGUACACGUACACGGACAUGGAAUAUACAGGGUGUACGGACAACCCUGGGAAAAAUUUUAAUGGGAGAUUCUAGAGGCCAAAAUA